GAUAACAUGUGCAUUAAGCGUCAUUUUAUUUUGAAAUUCAGUUGAAAGACGAAGUGCUGAGGUUUGAUUGAUAUCGCGUUGAAUGUUUCUUCACAUGAUGUUGUUAAAGCAAUUGUUGAUUUUUUGUGUACUAAUCGGACUGGCGAUAGCAUCGAAGCCGUUAUCAAUUUUACUGGUAGAACCUAUUAUGUCAACCAGUCAUCAUCUUUGGGCGAUGACUCUAGUUAAAGGUUUGCUUCGCAGAGGUCAUCAUAUACACGUAGUGAGCAUCCAUGAAGCCAACAUUGAAGGUCAACUCGCGCAGAACUUAACUUAUGCAGUAAGUUUUUGAAGGAGUAAUGGAACAAAUCACCGAAGAUGUGGAUUAUAAUCCAGCUGAAUGGGAACAGUAUAGUGUACUUUAUACGGCAUACUUUACAUAUAAUUGGGGAUUUCUUUCAUGUGAAAUGGCAAUAAAAACUAAAGCUGCGGAAAAACUGCAAGAAAUGAUUAAGAAUGUCGAAUUUGACGUUAUAAUACAGGAUGUAACGCUGAAUCAGUGUCUAUAUAGCUUGUGGGAGAUCGCUAAAGGUCGGCCACCUGUAGUGGGCUAUAUUCCAUUCGGUCCUGCACCUUGGUUCAAGGAUUACAUUGGCGAUUUCCAUUAUCCGACUAUACGACCUUAUACUCACGCAGCAAUUGCGAAACCUACCGGUAUCUGGCAAAGAACGUGGAAUGCUCUUUAUUAUGUCGUGGAUGAUCUCAUUCGACACUAUUAUUACUUGCCCAAUCAACAACGCUUGGCUGAACAAUAUGUAGGUCAUGAAAUUAGACCACUGCAUGAAAUAGAGAAAAAUAUUAGCAUCGUACUGAUCAAUACUCAUUCCUCAUUCGAAUCUGCGAUUCCGUUGCCGCCGAACGCCUUGGAAAUUGGAGGAAUUCAUGCUCAAAAAGUACAACCGAUUCCUGGCGAAGUGCCUGUAACAAUUCCUGAGAACAUCCGUAAGUUUCUUGAUGGUGCCGAAAACGGAGCUAUCGCGAUAUCAUUGGGGACAAAUGUACAAUGGAAAGCAAUCGAUAUGGAUAAACUUAAGACUGUUGCAUUGGCGUUAUCAAAGUUAAAACAACGAGUACUUUGGAAACUUGACAUUGAAGUACCAUUUCAAAUGGCGGACAACGUGAUGACUGUGAAGUGGAUGCCGCAGGACAAAGUUUUGACUCACAAAAAUAUAAAAGCAAUUUGGACACAUGGUGGUCUUCUUAGCACGCAGGAAGCUAUCUGGAAAGGUGUGCCAAUAAUCGGAAUGCCUUUUUUCAUGGAUCAAAAAUGCAAUGUGGAUAUAUUAGUAACCAAAGGCGUGGGUGUAUACUUGGACGUCAAAACUUUGUCGACAGAAAUCAUAUUAAGUGCAAUUGAAAAAGUACUUUAUGAUGAAAGUUAUACAAAAAAUAUGAAACGACUAUCCCGUGAAUUCCGGGAUCGACCAGUGCCGCCUUUAGAUUUAGCGAUUUGGAGCAUCGAAUAUGCCGUCCGUCAUCCAAAUGGGAGUUUAGCAUCGCCGAUGAGAUCACAGAGUUGGGUGGAAAAGAAUUUAAUCGAUAUCUACGCAUUUGUACUUCUUAAUCUCAUUAUAAUAACGUCGGUUACAUUUUUCGUAACGAAGACAUUGUAUAAAUUUUAUUACAAUUAUGUAUAUACUGCAUCUAAAUUGCGCAAAAGCAAACAGUCAUAAACCACUCAAAUAUUAAUAAUUUUUGCGUAUAUAUUGUUCUUAUUGUUAAUUUAAAAAAAAUUAAAUUUUAAUUACAA